AUGUUGACCAUAUUGACAUUUCAUCAAAUUGGAGCUUUAAGCGUCCUGUUCACCAUUUCAAUGUUGAUUGCAUUCUGCCCAUUAUUAAUACUUCGCUGGUUCUAUAAACGUAAAAAAAGACGAUUAAGACGACUGAACAAUAACAAUAAUAAUAAUAAUCAACUGAAUGGAAUGAAAAAUUCAUUAUCACCAUCAUCAUCUAUUAGUGAUAUGGCAAUUGCUUGCACAUUACAAAUAUCUGAUGUGGUCGUCAAUUUACUUCGUUCAUUGAAUGGUGGUCUAUUAUUGGCAUCGUUAUUCCUAAUUUUUAUUCCUCAACUUCGAUCAAAUUUCGACACAUUAAUGAAUAGUUAUGUAUAUAAAUCACAAUAUGGGUAUCAUCAUCAACAACAACAACAACAUCAUGGUUCCAACUUUAAUUCAUUAAUGCAUAUGCCUGAACCGGAGCCAUAUAUUCUAAAUCGAAGAAAUGAUUCCCAUGUGAAUCUGGUGUUCAAUGAUGAAUUUUCCAUUAAUAAUGAUACAGAACCUACAAAUAGAGACAAGUUUGCUAAUGUAAAUAGUGAAAAAAAAUAUUCACAUCUAAACAACAUAUUUGCAUUGAAAUUUUCACCAAUACCAAUCGUUGAAGUGAUACUUUGUUUGGCAUUUUUCACAUUGUAUUUUGUCGAAGAAUUCAUACAAUUAUGUUUUCGUUAUCGUAAAUAUUUUUGGGCAUUUAAUUCGACUGUAGUGAUAAGUUCUUCAGACGUCCAUUGCAAUUAUACAUCGUUAGAUUAUCGUAUCAAUUGUACGAAACGUUUUCUCAUCGAUUGUAGUCGAAAAACGUUUACAACAAGUAAUUAUUCAUCAUCGGGUAGUUCGUCAUCAACAAAUGAUGGUAGAAAAGAUUGUGAACGCACAUGUUUUGAUCGUUCAACCCCUAUAACAAUGAUGAGCAGCAAUGACAAUAAUUCAACUAAUUAUCAACAAAAUUAUCAUAUAGAUAAAAUGAUAAUGAUUCCAGGAUUUGCAUCGACAAUGACUAAAGUUAAUCCUCUAGUCCAAAAUGAAUUUUUCACGAAUGAACGAUCCAACGAGCAAAAUGGCGAUGACAUGAAUGCUGAACCGAUCAAACAGCAGCAACAACCAACACAACAAUAUGAAAGCUUAAAUUUAAGCAAUAAUAAUGAUGGUAAUCAUCUAGUUGAUGGCCAAAAUUUUGUAAAUCAUAAUGAACCACAAUCUUUAUUAUCAAAUUCUUCGGCCCAUUUACCCUCAUAUUAUUGGCAACAACAACCAGAAUUCAAUAUGAUUGCCAACAAUUGUAGCCAUCAUCAUCAGCCAUCGACUCUGGAUGAAAAUCUUCAUCUAAAUAUUUUUAACAAUAAAAGCAAACAAAAUCAUGAUUCAGAUCAUCAUCAUCAUAAUCAUUGCCAACAUCAUUUAUUGCCACAUGAUUUAUCAGAAUUUAAUCAUAAUCCAAAAGCUAAUGAUGCUGUUGAAGACGAUUAUCGAUUUUAA